CCUUUUUCUAGAAAAUUUUUCUUACUCCUAUAUAAUUCAUACAUCUUUUGAGUUAUUUUUCAAUUUGUAUCAACAAUUUUAUGUUAUUCAAUAGAUUUUUGCUUCUGAAAUCACGUAUACUUCUCAAAGAUUUCUCGUUUUUCAACGUAUGUAGAUGUUUCUGAAUAUACCCAUAUCAGAUUUUUUUUGUUCAUCUUCUUGGUGGUUAAAAUUGUGUCUCCAAUUAUGAAUAAUUUGUGGUGAAUGUUAAUUUUCAUCGAACUUAAAAUUAUAAAAAUGUAUACUUUAAAGUUUGUCCUUUUUACAUGUAGUUAUUGUUCAUAAUGGAUAUAUAAUUGCUGAAAAAAUUGCUCGAUCACUGGCUAAUGCUAGUGUUAUGCAUUUGUUUUUUGUGAUUUGGGGAUGGAGUAUUUGAUUUCAGUGGGUAGUGAUGGACUUAUUUAUUUUACUUUUUUUGUUAAAAUUUAUGUUUUAAGGUAAAUUUUUUGUGAUUUAGUGUUUGAAAUUUGAUUACAGUGGGUGAGUGUUUUGUCUUUUGCAGGUUUGAUAUAUCUAUUAUGUUAUGGACAUCAAAUCUGCAGCAGCAGUAGGGUUGUUGCACCUUGUGGCAAACAUGGGGCAAGACCCACUGACGGCGGCUAAGUUACAUGAAGAUUUGGUAUUGCAGAAGAACACAGUUUUGCUUUCUCAGUUGUCUGCUUUUCAGCCCCUAUUGGAUGAUGUUUAUGAAAUGUGCCGUCCUAGCUUGGAAGACUAUGCUAAUAGAAGAGAUUUGAUUCGCAUUUUUAAUGAGAUUGCUAAGGAAAUGUAUGGUAACAAUGAUAAAUGUCCUAUUGUGGAGAACUUUGGCUCUUUUGCAAUGGAUAUGUUCAAUGCCAAAAGUGACCUCGAUUUAUCAAUUAAUUUUACUGACCCAUUGUUUGAGGCUGAUCGUGUUGCCAAAAUCAAGACCCUCCGGAAGUUUGCAAAAAAAUUUUAUGCUCUCCGAAAGGGAGGGCAUGUUACAACUGUGGAACUGAUCUUGUCGGCUAGGGUGCCUGUAUUAAAAGUUACUGAUUCUGGGUCUGGAAUUGAAUGUGAUUUGUCGGUUGGAAACAGGGAUGGCAUUACCAAAUCCCACAUUAUUUUCAUGAUUUCGGCUAUUGAUGAAAGGUUUCAAAAGCUGAGUUUUAUGGUAAAAGCUUGGGCUAAGGCACAUGAUAUCAACAGCUCUAAAGAUGGAACACUGAAUUCUCUAUCGCUUAUAUUACUGGUGGCAGUUCAUUUGCAGACUCGAGACAUCCCAAUAUUGCCUCCAUUUUCUGCCAUUCUCAGAGAUGGAGCAGACCCGGUGGCUGUCAGGAGAUUAAUUCCUAGCUAUUUGAGCUACGGGAAAAGAAAUAAAGAAUCUCUUGCACAGCUCUUUGUAUCUCUGUUAAUUAAGCUUGAAUCAGUGGAAACAUUAUGGUCGAGAGGACUUUGUGCUAGUAGUUAUGAGGGGUCAUGGAUGUAUAAAAGCUGGAAAGCGGCUGGAUGUAUAAGCAUUGAGGAUUUUACAGAUAGGUCUCAGAAUACUGCGAGAGCAGUGAAGUCAGCAUAUAUUAGCAAGAUCUAUUCAUGCAUCCGGGGUUCUGUGGAACAGAUUCGUUCCUUCACUGUGGGAUUUAUUGAUGCAGAUAGGUUAAAAUAUCUAUUAUUUGGUAAACUUGCACGCCAGUCAAAGAAAGUAAUGGCAAAUGUCAAUUAUUCAACACAAUCAAAACCCAUCUCUAAAAAUCCUAUUCGGAGCAAAAAGAAGCACCCUGCAAAGGGCGGUCCAGCAGAGAGGCAAAUACCUGAAAAACAGGGUAAGCAUUGUGACAAUCCUUGCAGUUCAGAAGCUUCAGCUCCCUCUAGGAAAGGUGGGAUAAAAAAGAAGUCAGGAACUGGGAGUGUGGCUUUAGACGGUCCGACAGAAGGGCAAAGACCUGGAAAGCAAGGUAAGCAUUGUGACAAUCCUUGUAGUUCGGAAGCUCCAGCUCCCUCUGGGAAUGUUGGGGUAAAAAAGAAGUUAGGAAUUGGAAGAAAAACUGGUCUUGUGGCUUUAGACGGUCCGGCAGAGGGGCAAAGACCUGGAAAACAAGGUAAGAAUUGUGACAAUCCUUGCAGUUCGAAAGCUCCAACUCCCUCUAGGAAAAGUGGGGUUAAAAAGAAGUCAGUAAUCGGGAGAAAAACUGGCCUUGUGGCUUCAGAUGGUCCAGCAGAGGGGCAAAAACCUGGAAAACAAGGUAAGCAUUUUAAAAAAAUUUGCAGUUCGGAAGCUCCAACUCCUUCUGAGACAUGUGGGGAAAAUAAGAUGUCUGGAACUAGGAGAAAAUCUGAUCCUGUGACUUCAGAUGGUCCAGCAGAGGGGCAAAGACCUGGAAAGAAAAUUAAGCAUUGCCCCAGUCCUGGCAGUUUGGGAGCUCCAACUCCCUCUAAGAAACGCCGGGUAAAAAAGACGUCCAGAACUGGGAGAAAUUCUGGUCCUGUGAUUUCAGACACUCUAAUUUCAACUUCUUUACAAGGGUUAGACAAGUCACAGCAGACUCUCACUGGGAUCUCUUGCCAACCACCUCCCCUUUUACCCAUUCAAAGCUCCGGAGGAUUUCAACCCCAGAGAGCUGACAUUGAGGCUUUGAACAGUGUUACUCAAAGAACUCGUGUCAACACUUUGAGCCAUACAGCUCCAAAUUCUUUGGAACGCCAACCGCUUACCUAUUCUAACCCAUAUGUUCAAGGUUCUGGAGGAAUUAUACCUGACAGAACUCGUGUUGAGGCUUUGAGACAUACUGCACUAAAUCGUCCACCACACCAACCUAGCUCUUUUUCAGGUUAUGGAGGGAUUAAACCAGAGAUGACUUAUUUCGAAACAAUGAAAUAUUCUUCCCCACAAUUUUCACAGGAAAAACCACUUCCUCAUUAUAAUUAUCCACAACCCCAAAGUUAUGGUGGCUUUAAUUCUGAGAGAACUCAUGUUGAGACUUCGAGAAAUGCUUCAAAUUUUUCGGCAGGCACACCAUUUUCUGUUUCUAAUUCAUCAAUCCAAGGAUUUGGAAGAUAUAUGCCAGAUAGAAUGCAGGGUGAAACACUUAGCUACUCCACCUCACAGAGCCGACUACUUCCUCGUGUGCCAGAUAGAAUGCAGGGUGAAACACUUAGCUACUCCACCUCACAGAGCCGACUACUUCCUCGUGCCAAUCUUGCUGCAGAAUAUGGACAGAGAGCUCAUGCUGAAACUAUUAGCCAUGCUAGUCCAAAUCUUCAAACACCUCUUCAUUAUACGUUGGCACCUGGACCAAGUAGUUCAAUGCCUUCCCAUCAACCUUAUAAUUCUGCUAUUCCUUGUAUAAAUCCUUCUGGGUUACAAAGGUCUCAUUAUCCUCCUCAAUCUUUCUCUCAUGUUCCUUCACAGUUUCCUGCCAACAUGUACCCUUAUCAGUCUUGAACCUUUAUGUGUCCAACCCUUUACCAACUUGUUUGAAUAGAAAUUUAGGAAGGUGGGAGAAGAAGAGGGGAUGGAAGAAGAAAAGUUUAUACCUUGUUUAGAUAGCGCGAAUAUGAUGGAAGGGAAGGAAAGGGGAUUACCGUGGUUAAAUUUCAGCUAUGGCGAUAUGCUGUCGAAAAUACUUUUGCUUCCUACUUUGCCUAUACAAUAGGCUUUGGCAUUUGAGAUCAUCAACAAAUUGAUUUCUUCUCACGGUAAAGAAUUUUAUUAAUUCUUGCCAUGGUUCUAUACUGUCAAAGUUAUUAUUUCAACUAUAGUCUUUUGGAAUUUGAGAUCAUUAACAAUUUGAUAGUGGAGAAUUUUGUAAAUUUUUGCCAUGGUACAAAACCAAAGCUUGUCUGA